AAAAGGCUUCCACUCAGUCUCAAUAUGAUGCAAAAAUGCACAUUUUUUCCCCCUAAAUUUCCUCCGUAUUUGAAAUCCAUCCAUAGUAGCCGAUCCAUAAGGUUUGUUUUUUCAUGUUAAUGUAUACAACAUAAAAAACUAGCUAACAAAUAACAAUUAAAAAUGAUCUUAUACUUAUAUAGUAAUGAACAUUUUAUAUUACAUUAAUUCAGUCAAAAUAAAUCAUUGAUUUCUCAAUGAACAUAUACGUAGCAAUAGCAUUGACUUGGUGUUGACUUUUGUUGCAGGUGGGGCCUUCACGGGUGCCAUCACUGGUGCUGUGGCGGGUAGAGCUUCUGAUUGUGGGGCCCUCCGUGGAGCUGGACUCGGUGCUCUUGCUGGAGCUGUUCUUUCUGUUGAGGUUCUAGAAGCUUCACGUGCUUAUUGGUCUCAAGAACCCUCUUCCAAUAGAAACUCAUCAAUGGCUGAUUUUAUGGAGGAGCUUCUUCGUGGAAGGUUUUCAGAGGAACGUUUUCCACCUGAACUUUUAACAGCGUAUCAUUUUCAGCAGGUGAGUAUGAGUCCUGUUGAUGUACUUGAUUUUAAUGAUGACGUGGCACACAAAGGGUUGUCAGAUGAUUCAUUGAGACGCUUACCAUGGCACAAGAUUUCAGAUGAAAGUAAACCGAAUCAAACCAUUUGUUGCACAAUAUGUUUGCAGGAUGUUAAAGUUGGUGAAAUUGCUUGAAGCUUGCCUCAUUGUCAACACAUGUUUCACCAGAUUUGUGUGGAUAAGUGGUUAUCUAGACAUGGAUCAUGCCCCAUAUGCCGACAACAUGUGUAAGUUUUUGUUAUAUGAUUAUGUAUAAAAUUAUUGGUGUAUAUAUAUGUAUGUAUGUAUACAUGUGUGUGUGUGUUGAUUGUUGUAAGAUGAUGAUGUCAUUGGGAUGUGUAUAGCUUCUUUGUAAGAUGGGUUGUGUUUUGUUACAAAUCUGUGAUUUUUUAGGAUAUGUAUACGGAGACUAUUUUGAAAUAAAUGUGUUAUUGUAUAACUUGAUUGAGUUAAUAAUGAAUAAAAGGUUGAUGUUGCA